CGACGGCGGUACGAAAAAAAUGGUGUCCAGUCGUUGACAUACCAAGGUUAGAGGCUGACUAUCAUAUCGAAGAUGAGUGGAUGUAAGUACUGAAACAGACCCUGUUGGUGGCCGUCUGGUAGGCACAUGGAAGUGGCCAUGCCAGCAUGGCUGGCAACGCGUUUAUUGGGUGAAAAAUCGGCUCGGUGAAACCAUCCACGAGACGGCAAUUGCCAGUAUGCAACUGUCCCAGAGCCUCCAAUGAUGGCUCCACCGCAAUGUGCCAAUCUCCAAUGACCCGAACACAUCGUGGCAUUCGUCCCAGAUUACUAACCUUAGUUCGCCUUCUUGAUUUAAUCAAAUUUUUCUUGCCAAUUUUGCCAGAAGUGGAGCUUCCUGAUGAGAAAAUCAGCUUUGACGAGAGAAUCAUCUUCACCGUCGGUAGCGGAAUCAUUUUCCUCUUCGGACAACUUCCCUUGUUCGGGUUGGUCUCCGGUGCCGAAUACAAGGUGGUGGACCCAUUCUUCAGCGUGAGAUCCAUCUUCGCCAUGGAAAAGGCCUCCCUCCUCGAACUUGGGUUGUUGCCUCUCAUCACUGCCGGUUUCUUGUGGCAGUUGGCAGCCGGCUUGAAGUUGAUCAAAGUUAACUUCAACCUCAGACAAGACAGAGAAUUGUUCCAAUCGGGACAAAAGUUGACUGCCUUGUUCUUGUCUAUUGUUUACUCCGCAGGCCUCAUCUACUCUGGCUACUACGACAACGUCAUCCAAAAGUAUGACCCCUUGAACGGCGAUUCCGCCCCCUUGGGAACUUACGUGUUGCUCUUCCUCCAAAUCAACGCUUGGUCGUUCAUCUUGACCCUCUUGGUUGAUGUCUUUGACAAGGGUUAUGCCUUUGGAAGUGGUAUCUUGUGUUUCCUCACCUUGCAAACCGCUACCACCUUGGUCAGAGACUUGGUUGGUUUGGAAGUCACUCCAUUACUUAACUCCAACAGAGUGGAAAGCUACGGUGCUUUGAUCAACCUUGUUAGAAACUUCAGUAUCUUCAACUUGAGCCAAUUGAACUCCAGUAUUGUGAAUGCUUUCACCCGUUUGCAAUUACCAAACUUGAACCAGUUCUACAUCUCCUUGUUGACCAUUUUGGCCAUCAUCGGUUUGCAAAACUACAGAAUUGAGCUUCCAAUUAGAUCUACCAAGGUCAGAGGUAUGAACAACGUUUACCCAAUCAGAUUGUUGUACACUGGUGCUUUGCCAGUUUUAUUUGCUUACACCGUGAUUGUCAACUUCCAAAUUUUCGGUUUCUUCUUGGUCACCAUCUUGAACAAAUUUGGAAUCGCUCCAGUUUUGAUCGACUCUUUACUUGGUAAGUUCAAUGCUGAAAUCACAACCAACAACUUGGUCUUGAAGUCUGGUAUCUUGUACUACUUCUCGAACUCCACUUCCUUGUUGCAAUCUUUGUUAUCUCCAAUCAAGACUGUUGUCUACUCUGUCAGCGUGGUCUUAUUGAGUGUCUGGUUUGCCAACAAAUGGAGCUACAUUUCUGGCAGUUCUCCAAGAGAUAUUUCCAAGCAAUUUAAAGAACAAGGUAUUUCAAUUACUGGUAAGAGAGAUAUUUCAAUCACUAAGGAAUUAUCCAGAGUCAUUCCUGUCGCAGCUGUCAGUGGUGGAUUUGCCUUAGCUGUUCUUGCUGUCGGUGGUGAAUUCUUGGGUGGCUUAGGUAAGGGUAUUUCUACCAUUAUCGGUGUCUCCUCCGCUUUCGGAAUUUUGGAAGAAUUCAUGAUUGAAUAUCAACAAACUGGAGGUAACUCGCAAUUUUCUAGUGCUUUCGGAGGUCAAUAAUUGUAUCCGCAAGAUAAGAGUUGAUUUUCCAUACUUGGAUGUUGCCUUACGUAUCUAGUUUCACAUGACAUCAGCAACAAAUAGACUCUCAUGUUGAAUUGCAUGUUUCCACCACCAUUUUAUAUUUAAUGAGUAAAUUUAAUAAAAUCUCAAAACUUAAUUGAAAAA